AUAUGCCCUAACGCGCUUUUCAAGGCGAAGAGUUUUUUCUCCUUGGUCCGUUGUGUUGCCGGUUACGCCCUCGCCCCAAUCAAUUGAACUCUGUACCACCAGCAAGAUGUUGUGGUCUUCAAUUGCAACCGUUGCGGCAUUGACAGCUAUUGUCAACGGCCAAUAUGAGUCCUCCCCUCCUUAUUAUCCAGCCCCGUGGAUGCGUGGCGGCAAUGGAUGGGCAGAUGCCUACGAGAAAGCUCAAGCUUUCGUCAGUAAACUCACUCUUCUUGAGAAGGUAAAUUUGACUACUGGCGUGGGAUGGGAAGGUGGACCGUGUGUUGGCAAUACUGGCACAAUCCCUCGUCUCAAUUUUCCAGGCAUCUGUCUGCAAGACAGCCCUUUGGGAGUCCGUGACACGGACUUCAACUCUGCAUUCCCUGCUGGGGUGAACGUAGCAGCUACAUGGAGCACCAGGCUCUUCAAAUCUCGUGGUAAUGCCAUGGGAAUGGAGCACAGAGGAAAGGGCAUCGAUGUUCAAUUGGGACCGGUGGCUGGUCCUUUGGGCCGCGCUCCAGAGGGAGGCCGCAACUGGGAAGGCUUCAGCCCCGAUCCAGUUUUGACUGGAGUUGCCAUGGCGGAGACCAUCCAGGGGAUCCAGGAUGCUGGCGUGAUUGCUUGUGCAAAGCACUAUAUCAUGAACGAGCAAGAGGCAAAUCGUCAAUCAACGGACACUGUUGAAUUCGCAUACUCUGCCAACUUGGAUGACAAGACCCUGCACGAGCUCUACAUGUGGCCAUUCGCAGAUGCUGUACGGGCAGGCGCAGGAGCUAUUAUGUGCUCGUACAACCAGAUUAACAACAGCUACGGCUGUCAGAACAGUUACACCCUCAAUUACUUGCUCAAAAAUGAACUUGACUUCCAAGGAUUUGUGACAAGUGACUGGUGGGCGCAACAUACCGGUGUGGCUUCCGCAUUGGCCGGCCUUGAUAUGACUAUGGCUGGCGACCAGAACCUCAAUUCUGGAGAUACCUUUUGGGGUUCAAACCUCACAGCGGCUGUUCUCAAUGGCACAAUUCCUCAAUGGAGACUUGACGAUAUGGUGGUUCGAAUCAUGUCUGCCUACUACAAGGUCGGCAGAGAUACAGCCUCAGUCCCAACCAACUUCAAUUCAUGGUCACUGGAAACCAAUGGUUAUCGUUUUCCCGAAGCCAACGAGAGCUUCCAGCAAAUUAACUGGCAUGUCAAUGUUCAAGACGACCACGCCAAGCUAAUCAGAGAGAUUGGCGGAGCAUCCACUGUGUUGUUGAAGAACACGAAAAAAACAUUGCCACUCAGCAAGCCCAAGAGCGUGGCUGUUAUUGGAUACGAUGCGCAUGAUAAUCCGGGCGGACCCAACUCCUGCAGCGACCGCGGCUGUGACAAUGGAACACUUGCAAUGGGCUGGGGUAGUGGAACAGCCAACUUCCCCUACCUGAUUGCCCCGAACACAGCGCUGAAGGCUCAAGCUGCCCAUGACGGAUCCAAGUAUACCAACGUCAGCAAUAACUACGACUUUGCGGCUGUGGCAAAAGCAGUUACUGGUGCUGAAGUUGCAAUUGUUUUCGCCAACGCGGAUUCCGGUGAAGGCUUCAUCACGGUCGAUGGUAACGAAGGAGAUCGAAAGAACCUCACGCUGUGGGGUGGCGGAGAUGCGUUGAUUGCCUAUGUUGCAUCUAUUCACCCUAACGUCGUUGUCGUCCUGCACACCGUUGGGCCUGUCAUCGUCGAAGCUAUCAAACAACACCCCAACGUGACUGCCAUCCUCUGGGCUGGUCUUCCAGGCCAAGAAACCGGAAACGCAAUCACCGACGUGCUCUACGGCAACGUCAACCCCCAAGCCAAGUCCGUCUUCACCUGGGGCAAAACCCGUGAAGACUUCGGCACCGACGUGACAUACGAGUUCCCCUCAGACCCACCCCAACUUAACUUCCCGGAAGGUGUCUUCAUCGACUAUCGCCACUUCGAUGCUGCUGGCAUCGAGCCCUCCUACGAGUUCGGCUUCGGCCUCUCAUACACCACCUACUCCUACUCGAACCUCAAGAUCACCAAGCAGAACCCAGGUCCCUACGAACCCACAACCGGCAUGACGUCUGCUGCGCCAACGUUUGGAACAAUCGACUACAAUCCUGCUCAUGCGGAGUUCCCCCCUGGAUUCCAUGCUGUCCCACAAUACGUGUACCCAUACAUCUCAGGCCCAGUGCCCACAGGCUUGCCCCAGAACUGGCCUGCGGGAUCAAGAGAUGGCUCGCCGCAACCGAAGGUGCCUGCUGGUGGCUCAGGAGGUGGAAAUAGACAGCUGUGGGAUGUUAUGUAUACCGUUUCUGCGACCGUAACCAAUACUGGAUCUGUAAAAGGAACAGAGAUCGCUCAACUUUAUAUCUCCCUCGGCGGCCCCACUGAUCCGAAGAUCGUCCUACGCGGUUUCGACGACCUGAUCCUCUCUCCCGGCGAAUCCGGAACCUUCUCAUACGAUAUCACGCGCAGAGAUAUCAGUAAUUGGGACACAGUUAGCCAGAACUGGGUCAUUAGUAAUUACCCGAAGAAGGUGUAUGUUGGGGCCAGUAGUAGAAAUUUGCCGCUUAGUGGGGUCUUGGCUUAGUUGUUGGCAUCAAGGAGAGGCGAGGGGUGCUCGCAGGAGGGUAGAAUAAAUAUGAGCAUGGAAAGUACAUUAGGAAAAAGUUAAUGGAUUAAUUUCUAUUCUGCAAUGGAAUGGUCGUUGGUAC